UCCUGGGGCCCCCGGGCAAUAGGGGAUCAUGGGGCCCGUGUGUCCUUGCCCAAACUCAAAAAAGCCUAUGAAAAAGGUACCAGGGGCAUCUCAUGGGGCCCCCUACUGACCCCGGGCCCUCAGGCAGUGCCCGAGUUUCCAAAUGGUCAGUCCGCCCCUGGUACACACUAAUCAACAUCAAAAAGUAAAGUCCCUAUAGUAGUUCCACAAAGUCACUAUCCACAUUAUGUGCUCAAAAAACGAAGAUCGAGUGAUCCAGUAAUACAAGUGUAUUUACAUCGUGCAGUGCGAGUAAUAACUCAACAG